AUGUCAAGUCAAGCAUAUUCAAGACGACGAAGCUAUCUUCGUGGCAGCGGGUCCGACGAGAGUUCAGAUACCGGCUCUGAAGAAUAUCAAGCAACCCCAGUAGAUACAUCUCAAAGUGCUUUCGAAAUUCCAGGAGCGCUUUCUAGAAGCAGAGCUCGAAACACAUGCUCAAUACCCGCGCUGUUGGUCAGCCUUGCAAGAUCCGGUAUUCCGGGACCCAGAGAUCUGAAGGUCUUGAAUCUUACUGAACGCGGUAUGCAAAUCGGAAAAGGUGCCCAAUUCACUGUUUUCAAAAGCCAUCCAAGAGCUGGAGGAUUGACUGGGCGAGGAUAUGCUGAUCUCGAAGGACUCGCCGUCAAGCGAGUGAACAUGAAAGUCUUCCGUGAAAAUGGUGUCGAUAUGACCGAAGGCGACAAUUACCAAUUGCAUCUCAGAAACCUAGAACUUGAGAUCGUUGCUCUCUGUCAUUCUGAGAUACGCAAUCAUCGCAACGUUGCUCGAUUGAUUGCUUGGGGUCGAGAUUAUAUAGACUCCCAAACCCCGGUUCCUGCACUUUUCGUUGAGCUAGCAGAGUGCUCGUUGGAUGAAUUUCUUCAGCGAGACUCAGCCUGGCAUAUCAAACAUCACCUAGCUCUAGAUGUUGCAUCUGGACUUGAGGUCUUGCAUAAGCAUCACAUAGUUCACGGAGAUAUGAAGCCUGAAAACGUUCUUGUUUUUAAGAUCAACGACCCGAAAGUCAGAUUUGUUGCUAAAUUAAGCGAUUUUGGUCUUUGUACUGAUUUGCUGGGCUCGGUCAAAAACAUUGACGUAUAUAGCUAUGCUGGAACGAAUCAGUGGAAUGCCCCUGAACUACAAAAAAGAGAUAUGUUCGAGAAAUUGACAGGGAUAAAGUUUGAGCCACCGCUCAUGUUCAAAUUUGAUGCCUAUAGCUUUGGGCUUGUGCUAUUAUCCAUAUUUUGUUGUGGGGGCAAAAUCCCAUUGUCAAGUUUCGGAGAACCAACUGCACGAAUAGAAGCAGCUGAGACUCUGAUACGUCAAGAAGAGCUUCCAUCGAGUCUGAAAAGUAGACUGUAUGACACAGUUCCGCAACUUUUAGAUAGCGCACCCUCAAAACGACCUAAAUUGUCACCUUUGCUUUUGAAGACACAGGAGCUAUCUUCGCACAUAGAUUGGAUCAAAGCACAAAAGACGACUCCUGGCGAGCAAUUUAAGCCCGGCCAAGCAGUACCAGAGCUCAACCAAGAUGCCUCAUUCUGGGCCCGACUGAACAUAAAUGUAGUAAAAGACAUCAUGGCGAGCACAUCCUUUUCACACGCAAAUAUGAAUCGCAUGACUCCCAAUCUGGAACCUGAGAUUUUGUUCGGCCCGGCGUUAAGAUUAAGUGCUCAGCCAGAGCCAGGAUACUUACAACAUACUCAUGGUCUUAUGGAGAUAGCCGCGUCUAGGCAAUAUGUACCUGCUCAGGCUAUUUAUGGGCAAUUUUUGAAAGCUCACGAUAGAUCCCUCCCUUCCCUAGCAGUGCUCAGAGGCUGGGAACAAAGAGCAUUGGAGACUGGAUCGUGCCUACCUUCAACUUAUCUUUCCAAGGAAGAAGCAGAGGUGGCUAGAGAACUGUUCCGGCGAAAUGGAGGACACUGUGGGAAAGAUUUUCUCUCGCUAGAGAAUAAAUUCGGCGCUGCCUAUGAUUUCUCCACGCUGAGAAAAUUCACACCUGCAAAAGACUUAGUUAUCAAAGUUGAUCUUGAAGGCAACACGAUCAUGCAUGUGUUAGCGGGGUUUGGAAAGGUACCAGAGCUGAGUCAAAUCCUGAAGACUUCGCGAGGAACCCUACUCAACGCAAGAAAUGAUAAUGGCGAGACUGUUCUCUAUAAAGCUUGCCAAGCAGGCCAGAUGACUUCCCUACGACUUUUUAGAGAUCUAGAGGUUGAUCUGGCAGAUUUUGCAACAACCAAAGAAGGGAUGAUAGCGCUGCAUUGGUUGUUUAUGUUCAAGGAUGCAGAUAUUGCUGAGGCUUGCCGUUAUCUCGCGGGAGAGAAUAGUAAGUACAUAAAUAAGCAGAUGGCACCAGAUAGUAACAGCUCUGGCAAAAACCAUUUUACAGUCCUUCAUUAUCCUUUCGAGCUUCCAUAUGGAACACCUCUACAUUGGGCCGCGGCCAGUCGAAACUUCGUUGCUAUGAGAGUUUUGUUAGAAAACGGAGCGGACAUAAAUGCCCUGUGCUCCAAUCAGCAUCCGCACUCGACACCACUUUCAUUGGCAGUACAUUUUGGUGAUGUCGAGGUAGCUUCCUUCCUACUUGCCCAAGGAGCGAAUCCGCAUGUCGUGGAUAUAAAGAACCGCACGCUGUUACAUCAAAUAUCUUAUAGGCUACCUGAGAUUCACGGCUCAAUUCCGAAACAAUGGCAUUACUGGAUUCGACAUGGAAGUUGGGAAGAGCACAAAUAUCAUAUGUCAAAAAUGGUUGACCUCCUCCUUCAUGCAGGUGUCAAACUAGACACUAUUGCACGAUGCCGACCCCCUCACACUGCCUUAACGACCGCUGCAUCUGCGGGAGUUUAUGAUAGUGGAGCAAUAACUGCGUUAUUACAAACAGGAGCAGAUGUGAGUGCCAUAAACCAUACAGGGGAAGACAAUGCUCUCAUCUCGUGGUGUGGAAUAACUCCAGAGAGACUUGAUUAUCCGGUAGCAUACACUGAAGUUAUGAAGAGAUUCGCUGAAGUAACUGAGGAUCUUGAUUACGCAACAUACUUGAGUCAGACCGCUCUUCACGUUGUCGCCGCGCUUGACACCUCGAUUGAACAAUUUGAAUCAAGCGUCUCGACUCUCUGUUCACAAAAUCCACCGCCCAAUAUCAAUCGUAAAGACUGUCAUGGCAAUUCCCCUCUACUGAUCAGUCUUAUGGGAGUGUUCGAUGUCAUGCGUAGAGCGUCUUUGUUGUUGGAUCACGGAGCAGAUAUUCAUGUUGUCAAUGAAAGUGGAGAGAAUUUCUUAGGAAUACUAACAAAAAAUGCAAGUGUGAUGGACGAAGGCUCGGCUGCAAGUAUCAGAGCUAUGCUUCUGCGAAUCGGUCAACCUCUCGAGCAUUCUUGGAAAACCUUAGAGGAUUCGAGUUCGACCGCUCUCUGGAACUCAUGUAUCUUCGCUCGACCCAAAACAUUAAAUAUGUUGUUGAAACUGGGCUUAAAAACCAGACUGAACGCCAUUCGCAGUCGUAACGAAAAACAAACAGCAUUGGAUAUGGCUCUUGACUAUGGAGAAGCAUCCCGCAUAGCGCACAUGUUGAAACUAUCCGACUAUCGAAAACCGGCAGAGUCGGAACCAUUGGACAAAGACCACCACCUGUUCGAUGAUAAACAAGGGGGUCCUGAGAGAGCUAAAGAAGCCUACUGGGCAUUUCCAACAGUAAUCAAAACCCUGCAAGAUCACGGCGCAAAAAGAGCUUGGGAAUUAGAUCCGCAAUACGACUGUGAGAAUAUCGACCAACCAGCAGACUAUGACAUGAACGACAUCUACAAUAAUGGAUUUAGUCCAUCUAACCAACCUCAUCGCGAGCAUUGGAAUGUCCUGUAUGAACUGGCUAGAUACAAGCCUAAUUACAACCAGAGCGCCCUGGAGCGCGCCAUAUCGUACUAUAAGGAAGACGUUUUCAGGCCCCAGAUUGAGGUAUUGGAGAAAUGGGCGGAGCUGAAGGAGGCUUUGCAGGAACUAGACGGAGAGGGUUGGAUAAAAUCAUCUUCCAAGGAUAAUUUGAUGGUGAAUGUGAGGUGGGUUGACGGGAUCUUGGAAGAGGUGGACCCUCCCGAAUAA